AUGCCUGAGGCUAGCUAAAAAACACCAACAAUGGCCCCCAGGGACAGAGGGAAAGGAAAGAAAGGAGGGAAACAGAAGAAAAAGAAGAACGUGGCAGAAAAUGAAGUGGAGGAGAAAUACAGGAAAGCAGCCCUGGAGGUGGACAUCCUGAAAGAGCACCUGGCCCUCCGGAGGGACGUGGCCAGGCAGGCGAAGGCUGACAGCGAAGGACUCAAGCAGAGGCUGCUGGAGCUGGAGCGGGAGCUGGAGAUGUCGCAGGACGACAAGAAAGACAUUUACGAAGAGAUGAUCCGACAGUACCAGGAGCUCCAGCGGCAGACAGAGACCCGCAUACAGCAACUGGAGACCGAGACAAAGCAGUUACAGGAGCAGCUCGCAACUUGCCGUGAGGAUAUCCAGCAGGCCCGGGCGGAGAGAGAGCAGGUGCUGGGGGAGAAGGACCGGACCAUCGCCGAGCUGCAGGGCAAAAUCAAUGCCAUGGAGACCGAGUAUGAAAAGAUCCUGCACGGCAGCCUGGACCGAGUCCUUUCCAAGCUGGCAGCCGCCCAGGGCUGCUGGGAGAAGGAAGCCACAACCGUGCACAUGGAGCAGAAGGAGAGACUGCGAGAGUUUGGGCUCAAUCCCCUGGAAAUCUAG